AUGGCAGGACUAGACGAAGACGUUGUAGACGAGGUCCUGUACUUGGCGCGAGCGAACGAAGCAGCUGAGCUCGAUUCGUACAUCUCCGAAUUGUCCACACAAACGAAGCGAUCAAAGACCGAACUCUACACUGCGGCUAUCGACCCAUAUUCGAAGAAUAGCGCGCUGCAUUAUGCUGCUGCUAAUGGACACAACGACGUCAUCAAGCUGCUGUUCUCGACCGGCGCUGAGAAGCCUGAACCCACAUUCCUCAACGCGGUCAAUGAAGCAGGCAACACACCCCUCCACUGGGCCGCGUUGAAUGGUCAUCUCGAAAGCGUAAAACUUCUCAUUCACGCCGGUGCCGAUGUCACGAUCAUCAACCGAGCGGGCCACGAUGCGGUCUAUGAAGCGGAGAUCAACGACAAGAAUGAAGUCGUAGAUUGGCUCCUUGGAGCCGUGGAGGAACUGGAGAAAGGAAUUGGACAGACUGGCGAAGCGGAAGCGGAAGCUGGAGAGAACACCGACGAGAACAUGGAUGAUGCAGACGCAGAGGCGGAGCAUGCCCAAGGCAACAGUGCAUCGGCGCAAGGGACUACAACUGCAUCAACGGUCGAAGAUGUCCAGAAGCAGAUGGCGGACCUAGGUACCCAGGAUCUUGCGUCCAAGGGUGGCUGA